AUGAAAUACAACUACCUCUACAUCGCUGUCUACGCUCCUCAAGAAGGGAAUUUCUACCACUGGGCCUUAAGUUUUGAAACAGAAACUGGCAUCUACAACUUCGAAGUCAUCGGUCAAUCCCCCAAUUAUGACUAUUACAAACAUAUAAGCCGAACCCCACCGGAGGGAAAUCAUGCUGGGUUUAUCAAAAAGUAUCUUGUAGCAGAGAUUGAUAGAAGGGAUGUUAAAGAUGUCAUAAGGUUUUUCGAGGACGAGGCUGAAUUGAGGAAGGAUAUUUUGGAAUGGAAUUGCCAGGACUUUUGUCUGGAGUCGCUGGAGGAGUUGAAAGAUCGAGAGUUGAUUUCUGGGGAAGACGAGUAUUAUGAAGAGGGGGUUGAGGAAGCGAAGGAAUACUAUGGACCUGCAUGA